CAGCGACCUCCCAGCUCAGUUCGCGUCCGGAGACCGGAGGUGCUAGUCUGCUAUUCGCGGUCGCGAGAGGCUGUGGCAUUCCCUUCGUCCUGGUGCGUGGCUGUGGGAGGGAGGCGUCCGUUGGGCCUUUCUCUUCGUCCUGCGUGGAGGUCGGCGGCCUGUGGAACCGAAUCUUCUGGAACGUUCCUCAGAGACAAGGAAGCUUCUUGCCGCAGGCUCCGAUGUCCAACUACGUGAACGAUAUGUGGCCGGGCUCGCCCCUGCAGUCCCCGGCGGCCGCGGGCGGGUCCAGCCGGCUGUCCUCGGCGGCCCGGAGCCGCUCCCGCUCCAGCGGCUCCAGUCGGUGGUCGUCUGGCAGCAGCGGGAGCCGGCCCCGGCGCAGGAGCAGGUCCAGGUCCCGGUCCCGAAGGCGCCAGCAGAGGAAGUACAGGCGCUACUCGCGGUCUUACUCGCGGAGCCGGUCGCGGUCCCACAGCCGCCGCCGGUACCGGGAGAGGCACUACGCCUCCUCCAGGAGGUACUAUCGGUCUCCGUCUCCCUCGCCAGACCGAUCGCGCAGCCGGUCCCGCUCUCGGGGUCGGUCCUAUUACCGGAGGGCCUAUGCGGUCACGCGGGGACGACGCUUCUACGGCUUUGGCCGCACAGUGUACCCGGAGGAUCACGGGAGUUGGCGGGGAAGAUCCAGAUCCAGGUCGAGGUCGCGGAGCCCCACGCCUUUCCGCUUAAGUGAGAAAGAUCGAAUGGAGCUGUUAGAAAUAGCAAAAGCCAAUGCAGCAAAAGCCUUAGGAACAACCAACUUUGAAUUGCCCCCUAGUCUCAGAAUUGUAUCAAAUAACGGUGCAAAAUUUGAGGUAAGUAUUCUAGGUUUAUCCAGACAAAAUCUUGAGAAAGCUGCUGCCAGAAAAACCUGAUUAGCAAUUUUUAUUCAAUUUACCUCAGCCUUCUUGGAAAGGCUAGCUAAAUAUAAUUUAUUACUAGACUUGGUCUCUUCCAUAAAAGUGGGAGAUGAAUGACCAUUAUUUUCAGUUGACACAAUUGUUUUCAUGAUUGUAGCUGGUACUUUGGUGAUUUCUAUGUAGUUACCAAAAUUCUCUUGUCUUUUCAGAGUAUCUGUAGUUUUCAUUUCCAGCAUAAUGUUCCCAGAAAUUCUGUACUCAACAUACAGUAUAGUUUACCUGCUUUAUUUCUGUCUUAUAGAAAUCAUGAAUGUGGUCUCCAGACAUUGCUGAAGAAAAUCUGUUGGUAAUUGAUACAUGGGCAUAAAAGCACCAGAGGUUUAACUAAUUUGAGGUUUAUAUUCACACACUGAAAGCUUAGUUUUUGUUGGUAGAUCUAUGUGCAUGUUAGAAUUUGGGAUAGGUAAUAUUUGCAUAAGAUAAUGAAGACAGUUUUAAACUAAAGUGCACUUUGUAAUGUUGGGGCAUCUGUGAUCGAGAUGUCCAUUUCAUAAUAUAUGCAAUAUAUUCCAGAUGUUUUGAGAGAUUACAGAAGAGGAAGCCUGGUUCACUUGCAGAUAAGUUUAUAAUUCUACAGAAAUGUGCAGGAUGUGCAUUGGCAAAUAGCACUUUGUUGUUUAUUUUGAAACCCAGAGCAUAAAGUCCAUAGCUUUAAAGGUUUAAGGUAGUUAAAAAUUGAUAGUCUG